AUGUACUUAUCCACCUACUGCUCUCUAUCAUCGAUUCUUAGAGCUUGUAGAAUUCGCGCUGCUUCCGCUCCUUCAUUUUCAUCUGCUGUUGCUUCUAAAGCCUCUGCGAAGCAGGAUUCUGUUCGUUUUUGUUCUCUCUCGAACAUCGGUUUUCGAACGCGGAGCUUCUCGUCGUCGCUUCGAUCGUCUGCUCUCCGGUGGAGUCACGGUGUUGACUGGCGAUCGCCGGUCAGUCUUAGAGCUCAAACCAGAACCGCUUCUCCCGUCCUCGAACGCUUAGAGCGCAAGAACGCAUCCAUGGGUAUGAUUCGCUUUGUUUUGUUUUGUUUUGUUUCGUGUACGAUUGAAUUAGAAUUUGUUGAUGAUUGGACGUGA